AUGACUUCACUGAAGAAAUCGAAUCCAACGGAAGUGCACAUAUCAACAAGUCGUGAUCUUGUUCAACGCACUCUCGUUCUUCGCAACACGACCGGCAAGGACUUCAUUCUCAAGUUGAUCUCCUCCAACGAGGCCAUCUCGUUUCCAACGAACGUGUUCCGUUUCCCUCCGUCUUCUCAUCGAGUCAUUCAGUUUCGUGUCAACUCGUCGAAAAUCUCUCAAUGGGACAGAACCAAGUUGACGAUCAAGGGAUUCGUCUUGCCAAUCUAUGCGAAGAAUCUGAAACAAUUUAUCGAUCAGAAGACGGUGGCAGGUACCUCGUGUCAGGAGGCGUUCUCUCUUUCCGUCAUGUUCACGGAGCAGUUCUCGGCUCCACAGACGAUCAUCAAUCUGCCGGGAAGUGCCACAUGUAUCGAGUCGUCUGAUCAUCCGGUUGAUGUGGAGGAGUUGGAUACACUCACUGCCAUCAAUAUUGAGAAAGACGUGGUCACUGCCGCUCCAAUUGGUUCGAUGACUGGAUUCGUUGAGGAAUACAAACGUGGACAACAGAACAAGGGAUGCUGGCUGACAAACUAUGUGUGCGGUGGACCCGAGAAGCCACUCGAGAAGCAAUCGAUAAGAUCUCGUCGUUCUGCGUCGAGAAGUGGCGGAUCUGCAAAGAGUUGUCGUACUCAGGCAUCACGCAAGAAGAGCAAAGAAGUCAAUGUGUGUCUCGAGGCGACUCCGUGUGGUGGCUCCACGAUUCAGACAUAG